AUGGAGCCAGACUCUGGCAACCAAUCAUCAGUUAAAGAAUUUGUCUUCCUGUCCUUCCCAGUCCACCGAGAAAUGCAGAUCCUCUUAUUUGUGGUCCUAUUUCUCACUUAUCUCCUCACCCUCGUGGGAAAUGUGGUCAUCCUUUCCCUUAUAUGGACCAACCAAAGCCUCCAUACUCCAAUGUAUUUCUUCCUCAGCAACUUGUCUUUCCUGGACAUCCUCUUCACCACAGUGAUUGCCCCCAAGAUGCUCUCGAACCUUCUGGCUGAGAAGAAAACAAUUUCUUUCAGUGGCUGCAUCACCCAGACUUAUUUCUAUUUCUUCCUGGGGACGGUGGAGUUCAUCCUUCUUGCUGUCAUGUCCUUUGACCGUUAUGUGGCUAUAUGCAACCCACUGAGGUACACUGUAAUUAUGAAUGGACGAGUCUGCUUUUUAAUGGUUUUGGGAUGUUGGGUGGGAGCCUUUCUGUCAGUCCUUUGUCCCACAAUUGUUAUCUCCAGACUUCCUUUCUGUAAGCAUGCCAUCAACCACUUCUUUUGUGACAUUGCACCAUUGUUGGAGGUGGCAUGUGUGAACACCCAUUUCAUAGAACUCCUUGAUUUCUCCAUGUCUUCCCUAGUGGUCCUCAGUUCCUUGAUGCUCACUGUGGUAUCAUACACCUACAUCAUCUCCACCAUCCUCAAAAUCCCUUCUGGAAAAGGGAGGCAGAAGGCCUUUUCCACCUGUGCCUCUCACAUCACUGUGGUCACCAUUGCCUAUGGGAGUUCCAUCUUUAUGUAUGUCCGUCCAAACCAGAGCUACUCUCUUGCCUUUGAUAAGGUUGCAGCUAUCCUGACAACAGUGGUGACCCCACUUUUGAACCCCUUUAUAUACAGCCUCAGGAAUGAGAAAGUGAAAGAAGUGUUGAAGGAAGCCAUAAAAAGGGUAUUUCUGUAUAAGCAUGCGUCUUCUUGA